AAUAUAAAUUAGUUUCACAUCUUUAGAUGUCAUCAAAUGUAAAUAGUGCCUUUGUUAUGUUUUGUUUUCUGAGGCAAAAAGUCCUAUGUUUAUUUACUACAGUAAAAAGCAGUUUAUUUUGUAAGAACGGUCUCACCAGAAAUUAAUACUUUAAAUAGUAAAAUACAAUGGCAAGAAAAGAAUAAACAAACCAAACAAUGGAUUGUCUCUCUUUAGCUCCUAGCUCUACAGGAUGUUACAGUAAGGGGUUCUUGGCCUGAACACAUCUGCAGAGGUCAAGUGCUAACCUCAGCAGAGUGGGAGGCCUGGGCUGUGGAGGCCUGGCAGUGGGAGGACAGAGGUGAUCAGCACUCAACAGUUCUCAGGAGAUUUCUUUAUUAGCACAUGGCAAGCUUCCCCCCUCAGAGAAACAGCUUUGUCAUCAUAUCAGGGUGUUGGCAUCAGUGUGAAGUUCUAAAUGUGGCCACUGCACAUUACAUCACAUAUUAAUUCCUCUUCAAAAUGAGGGUUCUAGGCUAUUAUAAUCCUGUCUGAUCCUUGUUCCAAAAAUAACGGCUUUUUUUAAUUUUAAUUUUAAUCAGGUUCUAAAUUAAAAUAUUUUUUUUCAACAAUUUAUCUUCUAAUAAUAUUCAUUCAUACUUCGAUUGCCAGAAACAUAACUCUUCAAAAUCUCUGGCUUUUGGAGCUGAAGAAACUCUAAAUAUACAUCGAAUUACUCUGUACUCUUGAAUUUCUUAUGCCUAUGUAGAGACAUUGUGCACUGUUAUUACCAUUGUAAAUACAAUGUUCCCUGUGAAAGCAGCAUUACAGUACGUGAUGAUUGAGGUGCAGUACUAGUCGUAGUUAGAGGGAGCGAGAAACAGACAGACCUCAGGAAAAAUAUGUGGACGGUUGGAAAAGCCUUGAGGGAAAAAAUUAGUGAGAGAAGUGUUGGUGGGUUUGUGAUAUUUAUCUUCUUUAUGGUUUUCUGGUUGCCCUGUGUCAAUAACGACUGCUUUCUUUGUUACGCCACUGUGAAAGAUGUCCUUAAGCUGUUUCAACCCAAGGUCAAACCCUUCUGCAGCCUUUACAUGCAACAGUUGGAGCACAGCUAGAGGAGAGAAACCUUAGAAGACAGGACAACAAUGGGAACAGACUGAGGAGUGUUCAACUGUAAGGCAACGUGAAGACUCUGCUGUGUUUAGUUUUUCCCAGGGCUAAUUGUGUCAAACGAAGCACUGAUUAGGGUUAUGUGGCUUCUUUGUCGUGGUUCAUGUCACAGUGUAGAAUGUACUCGUGUGUUUUGCUGGAUGUCGACUGUAAGCAGUGACGAUGCACAUUUUCCUGAACACACGGUAGAUUGUUUGGUGUUUGGUGUUGAUAUGCUGAGUGAGUCAACAGUCUUACAUGCGUUCAGCCUCUUUUAUAUUAGUGAAAAAAGAUCAGAUUUUAAAUUUUGUAUUUUUCUUUCUAUAUAAAAGUUUGUCUGCCUGCUGGAACAAUAGUUGCUGUACGUGGAUUUGUAUCUGUAUAUGGGAUUUCCUGUAGUAGCUGGAAAUAUGUGGGCUGUUAAGGAUCUGCUGUAGUGGCACAACACGACAUAAAAAACACAGUGAGGUUACACACCACACAUGCAAUAUGUUGACAAAACACAGCUAACAUUCACGGCUGGCUUGGGCCGCUUUUCCGCCCUCUCCUAAAUAAGAGCGAGAGAUUUGUUUUUUAAAACAAAAAGCUGUGGCAAGAGUGAGAAUUGAAAUACCAACACAAACUAUGGAAGCUGAACACUCUACAGCCGUAGAUUGGUUCUCAAACCAGUAAAUGAAGAAAACAAAUUUUGCUUUACAGUACAUUACCACAUUCUGCUGGAGCAUAUGAACACAUCAGGUGUCUCUCUGUCUAAAUGUAACCAUUUUUCUAGUUUACCUGAAGCUGUGUGUGCAGUGUGCCUCUCAGCCUGAGACCACAGUGUCUGUAAUAGCCUUUCACCACCAAAGCUGUAAUUUUUCAUCAUUUCAGAUUUGGCUAAUGACCGUAUCUCAAUGGAAAUUGACCAUGGUACCGGUCUUGGCGUUCUAAAUGGUAGGUCACGUUGUUGGUUUUUUCCCAGAAGUUAUUUGACUUUGACUGGCUUUGUUUGCUUUUGUCAUUACAUAAAUUAAAGAUAAAGGGAAACAGUGGCAAACUAAAUACCAUCCAGCUGGGAAUAACAGCAUGAGGAUGCUAACCUUACCUCAUGAAAGGUGAUCAAAAUAUCAUAAAUAAAUAAAUAAUACUUCUGGUAAUUAAAGGUUAAUUAAACAAAAUACCUUUUAACAUGACAAGAACUAAUAGGAAUUUCCCCAGAAAUGUCACCUUACAUAAAGAAAAUCCCCAAACCUAAAUGUUAGGACCUGACUUUGAAAGAAAGAGUCCCUGGUCUUUGUUCCGUUUGCCUCAAAGUCCCUUUCAUUAAAAUCACGUGGUGACUAAGAAGCACCGAGGUGGGUGGCUGGAGCUCUCCCACUAUUUCUGAAGCACUCAAAGCUAAGCUGUUUUGCUUGUUGGCCUUUGUUGACCUUUUACUUCAUCUCUAAUGUGCACACUUAAACAACAAUAAUCUUGUUGACUUGCAGAGAACUCUUAACAUUUGUAUUUUUAAGUGCAAAAAUGAAUCACAGCACAAAGGGCGGGAACAUACUGCAUGUAUUCAUAUGUCAGUUCUGAAGCAGCUAAAGAAGAGAGAAACUGUCUGGGUUUCUUGAAGGCGUUCACCUCUCAUCCAUGAUGCUUCUUUUGGAUCAAACACUGCUGUUUUCAGUGACCUGGAUGACUAGAACCUAACCUACAUAGACAUACUUUAGAUUUUUGAAAGAUGUAGACACAGCUUUGUUUUUUUUGUCUUGUUCCUCUGUUGACGUUUGCGUCAAGGAUAUAUUUUAAGCAACAGGUCAUCGUUCCAUGUCACUUGUGGAUGAUUACAAUCCCAAAAUGAAUGUGUGAAAAACCUGCUACCUUCUUCCCAUGAGCUCGGCUUUGAUUGGCUGUGGUGAUUAGUGUUUCCAUUAUAGUCACAGCUGCUGCAGGGAGGUCCACAUGUGCUGAUGUACAGCUCUCUCCCCAUCACAUUUUUGUUGUCAUGCUCUUUUCUCCUGCCUCAGCUGCACUCAUAUCCCACUCACCAACUCUUUUGUUGUGUCACCGCUAUUAAUCACCUCAGUCGCUGACUGUGGUGUGGCUCAUGUAUUCAAAAAAAGGGAAAAAGUUGAUGUGAUUUAAUUGUAAUAUGUUGAUAUGCAUCCAACAUUAGAUUUGCUCUCUGUUGACUUCUGACCCCCUGGACUACCAGGGGGUGACAUGGUUUUCAAAACAGUUCUAAGGAACCCCGUUCUAUACAUUGCAUCCAUAAAAAAGCUAAAUGAAAAGCACAUAAAUGAUGGAUUUGAUGAGCGGCUGCUGAGUUUUUAAUUUUUGUAAACAGCGCAACUGGUGUUAAUGGAUGGAUGAUAAACCAUGUGAUUGAUUAAAAACUAAAAAUAUUUUACGAUCCAAAACAAUAAGUCGUGUGUACAAACCAGUCUAUACGCAGAAGUAUACAGGGGAGUGGUGGUGAUGCAGAGGUAAAGAGGAUGUAGGUGGAAUGAAGGUUCAGAUCAGAUGAGAUGUGGGUGGUGGGAUGAAAAGACCAGCAGUAGCUACGUCACAAUGUUGCAUAAGAGCUUACACAGGAAGUGGAGAAAUGGAUGUGAGGUGAAAAGGUGGAGAGCCUUUAGAUCUGCCUCUGUACUGGGAUCCAGGAUCCAUACAUCCAUCUCUACAUUAUUAAUUCAAUGUAUUCUAAUUUCUCUCAUUUAAAAUACUAUUAUAUUCACUUUUACAAAACACAAAUGUUCAUUUGUAAAAAUAGAAAUGUGUUUUUAAAGCUUUAUUUCAUAUCAUAAAUACAAUAAUUGUGCUCACCUAUAAAAAGAGAAGUUUAAGACAACACAGAUAAUAAAGUUGUCCUAUUUCAGUUUCAGUUCGGUGCAGCUUCUGGCCUAGUGGCCAGAGGUGUGUUGUAGCUCCUGUAUGUCCGAAGCUCCAGUGUGUCUCUGACAGUAAUCACUGUAUCAUGGAAGAAUGAGAUGUGGAGAGAUUUGAACUUAGAAUAUGGAUAGUUCUAUUACUUAAGUGGUCAAAGAACAUAUGUGUAAUUGUGGGUUCACAUAUUUAAACUGUAGAAAGGGAUGGUGUUUUCCCAGAGUAUUUCCGGAAUGAGGGAGGAUAUUUGAGGUUUGGGGUGAAUUAUGUUAAAUGUUGAUGUCUGGGAGAGUUCACAGUUUUGUUUUGAUUUUUGUUGUUGGCAGUGUUAGAGUAACUGCACUUGGUUUCUGGCAGAUCGUCUCCUUUCUGUCCAAACGAAGCAAACCAUUUGUGGUUUCAUUAAAUAGCUGCAUUAUUUCAUCAUGAACAAGCACAGAAAUUCCAUCUGUCUUUUUGUAUUAUGCUGUUGUUUUGUUGACUCCAGCUGUAUGGAUGUAGUCAUUUGUCUUGUGAAAACACAUUGUAGUAAAGUAAAGAGACAUCUUGUUAUCAUUACAGUACAUUAAAAAUGUGUGCUGGUGGUAAGGUUUCACUGCUUCUUCCUUACCCUUAACCCUUAUUUAUUUAUUUUUUUAUUUUUAACAAUUGGCUUUGUUCAGGGUGUGUUUUUCCUGCUGUGCCACACUGGGUAUGAACUUUGCUGGAACCUUCCGCACUGAGUACAACAUUAGUCUAAUCGUUCUGGGAUGGCAGUGUUUAGACAGGACGCCACCCUGUUCCUUCUGCUGCACCUGCCUGUGUGUGUUUACUCAGUGUAUGUUCAUGUGCUGCUGUGUGUGUGUGUAUACACCUGAUAUCCUGGUAAAUACAAAACUCCAUUUAUCCACAUUACUUCUUCUCUAUUACUCAACCCCGUCUUGAAGAUAUCCUGAUUUAUUUACCACACUCCACCCUGCUUAAUGUAACCUCUUGACCACUGCAUACAUACUUAAAUCAUAAAUGUACUGCAUGCCAUUGGCUCCUGGUAGUGUGCAAAAUUGCAUAGACUAAUGCUGUUAUUUGAUAUAUUUUGAUUGGCCCGGGAAGAUACUGUAGUAAAAUAUUCCACCCCUGGAUAAACAUCUAAUGUCAAAACUCUGUUAUAUUGUAUAUGUUGUGUUUUGGUUGUUUUUAGAUAUAUGUGAGUUUCUAGGGAAUUCAUUUUAAUCAGCUAUUGUAAGUAAACCAACAUUUGUCAUUUGUAGAAGGCAGAAAAAUAUGUUCUAAACUGCAGAACAUGAGACUGUAACAAGAUCAUAACAAGAUCCCAAAAGGCUUGACAUCUUUAAGGAGGAGUUGGGACAUAAACAGUAAUUAAAAGAAAAUUAUAAAAUAAAAUAAAGAAAACCUUAUUUAAAAAUAGUUCUACCAGUUCCAGAAAAUAUUUUAUUUUUUGAUGAACAACAAUACUCUUGUCGAUCCUGAUCCGAUGUAUGUGAGUCAGUUAACAUUAGAAACAAAGGUGCCUCUGGCUGAUGAAUAAGAGAUUAGAUGCUUCUCUUCCUGUUGCCCCCCGUCACAGUGGCAGAUGAGAGGAGCAGUUUUCUUAACUGAACACCUGUUUGUGAUUCGUAGGUCGAGUAGCAGCAGCAUCUUGAACAGACCCUUAGUUCCACAGUGGACUGUGGAAUGGUCCUGUCUCAGCAUGACGUCAGUCAGCUGCCUCAGAAUAAUCUGGAUUGAGUAACAUUACAUUCUGGGAGUUAGGAGGCAGAGGAAAAGAGCAUGAAGAGCCACUCACCAGUGUGAGCUCCUGGGAUGUCUGCGCCUCAUGCUUUCUGAGACCUUCAACAGCUAAAUCAGGGCGUCAUUGACAGAGCGUGUGGCCCCUCUGAUCUGUCACAAUGGCCCUGGUUCAGGCUCUGCCCAUAUCUGCUGAGUCCCAUGGCUCAGGCCUCACUGGAGGAGCCCGUAGAAGACACCACUCUGGCCCUUCACCCCCCAACGUUGCUCCUCUUUCACACCCUACCCUGGAACCUAUGGGCUCUGUCAGCAGCCUCAUAGCAACCCGACCGGGCCCCUACCAGGACCACCGCUCUGGCUGGCGCCCCACUCCAGGGGCCUCACGCCUUGACAGCGAUUCGCCCCAGCAUCACUUCCUGCAGAACAUCUCGCCGAUCAAGAAACAAAGCUCCACAGCGUUCAUUAGGGGGUUGGAGAAGGAGAACGGGAACUACACCUAUCUGAACGAGAACUAUAUCGGAGACUGGAAUGAGAAUCUGGCAGCAGCCGCCAGUCCACACAGUGACGCAGAUGACACCAAGGAGGGGUUGGAGUUGAAAGGGAAUCUUGGGGGUCCUCCUCCAAAACUGAUCCCUGUGUCAGGAAAACUUGAGAAGAACAUAGAGAAAACAGUGCUGCGACCCACAGCCUUCAAACCUGUCAUUCCAAAAAACCGCACGUCUAUGCAGUACCUCUCUCCUCGCAAUUCUGCCAACGUACCUGAGAGUCAAACCAACCUGAACCUGCUCAGCCCUACCCACACAGGAGUCUCGCCCUCCUGCUCUGAAAAACGCAGCUUGUACAGCGGAGCCCGUAACAGUGGCCCUGGAGGCAGCAGUCAGUCCUGUUCUCUGUCUGACUCCGGACGUAACUCCCUCUCCAGCCUGCCACCGUACAGCAGCACUGGCUACAGCCUGGCCUCAGGUGAAGCCUCUGCAGCCCACCUGGAGGCCAUGAAGAGUGCUCCACCUGUCAGUGCACACGCACACUAUAAUUCAGACAGUGGGCGUUCAUCCUCAAGUAAAAGCACAGGCUCGGGCUCCCUUAACGGCCGGGGACAGCCUUUAUCAGACUGUGGGUCCAGUGGACGCUCCCCCGGUUCUGUGGACGGGUAUGAGGGGGUGGUGAGAGAUCUGGAGGACAAACUAAGGGAGAGAGAGCUGGAGCUACAGCAGCUCAGAGACAACCUGGAUGAGAAUGAAGCUGCAAUUUGUCAGGUCUACGAGGAGAAACAGAAACGUUUUGAACUGGAGCUGGAAGAGCUGAGGCAGAGCUGUGCCACCAGGAUGCAGGUGGCGUCACAGAAAUCCCAGCGUGCACAGCAGGUCCUCCAGAUGCAGGUUUAUCAGCUCCAGCAGGAGAAGAAGAAGCUGCAGGAAGACUUUGCUCAGCUCCUGAAGGAGAGGGAGCAGCUGGAGGAACGCUGCACUUCCUACGAGCACGAGAAGAUCCAGCUGGGACCACGACUGGAGGAGACUAAAUGGGAGGUCUGUCAGAAGUCAGGGGAAAUCUCUUUGCUGAAGCAGCAGCUGAAGGAGGUGCAGGGAGAGUUAGCCCAACGCGUUGGGGAGAUUGUGUCGCUACGAGGUCAGCUAAGAGAAACUCGUGGGGACUUGACCAACACCCAGGUCCUGCUUCAGGAGGCUCACGGCACGAAUCGCACACGAACUCUGGAGCUAGAGGUUUGCGAGAACGAACUUCAGCGUCGCAAAAGUGAGGCGGAGCUGCUCAGAGAAAAGGUGGGACGUCUUGAGGGAGAGCUGGCUCAUCUCAGAGACGCUCUGGCCAAUCAGAGCUCAGGAAACAGACAGUGUCAGGUGUUUCAGGAAGCAGAGGAGCACCUGCUUAGCUACGAAAGUGACGAGGCGAAGGCGCAGCGCCAGAGCAGCAGUGAGCCCUUGCAGAACAUGACCAUUCAGAUGGACAGGAUGAGGGCGGAGCUGAACUUCGAGCGGCAGCGAGCCGAGCAGCAAAUGGGAAGUUUCGAGGAGGAGCGCAAGAUAUGGCAGGGGGGAAAAGACAAAGUAAUAAGGUACCAAAAACAGCUGCAGCAGAACUACGUGCAGAUGUAUCGCAAGAACCGGGAGCUGGAGCAGCUGCUGCAGGACCUCAGUCAGGAACUGGAGAGCAGGGACGAUGACGAGGGCAGCGGCAAUGAGAUCAACUUUGAUGAGGUCGCCGCCACAGAAAUCUGACCCCCGUCUCAUCAUUGUUUCAUUUGCACUACUGUCAGAAUCACAAUAAUAGCCACAGAGAAGCCACAUGUUUGGUCUCCGUAGCACAUACACAAAUCUGCAGCAGAAAAUCAAUCAAAAAGUUGGUUCUGCCAUAUUGGUCUGGUUCUCUGAAGAGUCUCAGUCUGUGAGUCUUCAUCAGACCAUGUCAGUCCUCUGUGUUAGUGUUCAUAACUAAACCAAGACACCAGGCGGCCAGUCCUCCUUAUCCAUGUAGACCAGUUGUUGUGUUUGAAUCAUUUUAACGUCCGCCAGUCUUCUGUGCUAAUAAUGACUCCACCUGCUGGUUGGGCUAUACUCCACCUGUAUACUCCCACUCCCACAAAUGUAGUAGUACUCACUGCAUUACUCAUUCUAUUUGUAGUUUUUCAAUCAGAGCCAACGCUGCUGUCAAGUAUGUUGGUUUAAACACAUCCAUGUGGCAAUGAGAAAAUAUGACCACGCCCCCUGGAACUACAGCAUUGUGUACAUUGAUGUUUUCAUGUAGAAGCACACAGGUUUGUUAGGUGUAAAUAACAUCAUGGCCGUCUGUUCAGUUCAGUGUCAACAAAAAUCAUACAAAUAUUUUACCUAAUCUUAUUUAAAUUCCUAAUAAGCACCUUUCUUUUUCCGACGACCAUUAAGAGUGCUUUACUUGUUAACAAAAAAGAGUCCGCAAUUGAACCCACAACCUUCCAGUUGAAACGGUAACAGCUCAAGCUACUGAUCCACAGCCUAAUUGUGCACAUAUCAGCUCACAUGGUCUCACUCUGUCUGUAGAGAGUGGGAUUCAACUGUUAUUGGUGUAAACAUGACCUUUAUGACAUUUUAUACUGUGGAUUGUUCUAUUGUUAUUAUUCUACUACAUACAUGUACCUGCCCUGUGUGAACGUGAGUAACAAUGACAUUACCCCAAGUUUAGCAACGUAACUGCAGCUUUAAUGAAUAGACACAUUUUAUAUUUAGCCAACUGUUGCUCAGAUGUGUGAAAACAUCAGCAACUGAAGGGAAUUCCUGCACUGAAUGGUGGGUAAUUUUGGAUCAACUCCGAACACCCUGCACCAGGAUAGAGUUUGAUCUUCAUCAGUUUAAUACGUAGACUAUUCGGUCUAAUCACUGUUACUACACAACAGUGGACUCACUUGUUCCUUCAUCACUGCAGAUUUAACUCUAAUCCUCCCUGGGAUUAAUUCUAAAGUGUUAAGUUUCAUUCCAGAGGUGUGUGUGUGUGUGUGUGUCUGUCUGUCAACACCUCUACAGAGUACAAACAUAGCCACUGUGAACAGACCAAAGCAAAUGUCGCACGCAUUAUGGUUUGCUCCUCCAGUAUAAAAACAAAGCCUGUGUUUUGAUUGUUGGUGUGGAUGUUAAUUCUGGAUGUUCAGUGUGAUUUUAUAAUCCACAAGAUUUGUAUGAAGACAUUAAAUGUAUAUUUUCAUUCUGUACAUUUAUUGAACAAACCUAUGUUUUUGAAUAAAAAAGACAAAUGU